AGCUACAAAGAAUCGAGUGUAGCCGAGUAUUUAUCGGCUACGGCGGCUGGAUGGAGCACGAGGCUGAUCGUGGAGACUUGGAAGCGUGGAGACCCUAUCGCCACCAGUGUCGGACUAGCUGUAGCAGCCAUACAUACCCGCGGAAGACACAUAUGCAUAGUUCCUGACGAGGAGUCAAGAUUGGAGUACGAGACCGUGAUGAAAAGAGCCGUCGUGAGCGAAGCGACGGAGAUAGUGGUCGGAGACUCGGUGGAGGACGUGGUGGAUAGACUCUCCGGCGUGGACUUCUUGGUGGUGGACUCAAAACGCGGCGAGUACGUCAAGGCGUUGGGGUUAGCGAACACGAGCAAAAUGGGUGCCGUUUUGGUGUGUAAAAACGCCACGCAGAAGUCUAUCCCUGGGUUUAAGUGGCACCGUGUUUUGAGACGAGGCACACGUGUUGUAAGAUCGGUGUUUUUACCCGUCGGGAGAGGGUUAGAUAUCGCACACGUGGGAGCCAGUGGUGGUGGUGGUGAUUUGAAGAAGGUUCAUAGUCGUUGGAUUAAACACGUCGAUCCUCGGUCAGGAGAAGAGCAUCUGUUCAAACGCAAAUAGAAAAUAAUCUGGGUAAUAAGACCAUUUAAAGGAUAAAAUUUUUAAGUUCCUUUUUAAUGAUGUAACUAGUAAGCAAGAACGUUGAAUGUACUUUUGUUAUUGACCAUUUGCAAAUGGUCAAGAGUUGGUGAUUUUUUCCAAAAUAAUAAAAUCUUUCACAUCUUCAUAAACACCACAAAAACAUCUCCCAUUAUCAUUUUCAUCUCAACGUUAAGUGCAUUCUAUCUCUUCUCUCUCACUUUAUUUUCUUUCAUCUUGUUUGAUCCAAUAGCCAUGACAGCACCCUCAUCAUCGUCACCUAGAAGAAACCACCAAUAUCCUAUCGAUGACCAUGACUUGAUCAGCAAACUCCCAGACGAGUUAUUGCAAAUGGUUCUCUCAAAUUUGUCCACCG